AUGGCAGUGGGCUGUCUUAUUGUGGACCUGUCGGUGCUGCUGGGUUAUUGGGGACUGCCGUACUGGCCAGUCAUGGUGCUGCUUUUGGGGCCCGGUGUUGGCCUGGGAUGUGGUAUAAUGGUGAGCAUGAGUUUGACCUACUGCGUGGCCUGGGCCAGUGCUGAUGACGUAGGACUGGUCUCUACCGUAGGGACCACUGUGGGCAUUGGUUCUGUGGCCAUAAACGCCAUCAUCACUCGUUUCGUCAACCCAGACAAUCUACUGCCUUCUUCCAAAGGUCACAAAGACGACAAAUACUUCGGAGAGUCCGAGCUACUGGACAGAGUUCCAUACUUGUUCCUGGUGCUGUCGGGAGUAUUUGCCGCUGUACACGUCAUAGCACUGAUGAUGUUACGAGACCCCAGUCCAGGCAACGACUCCCCGAACACACAGAAUGACGUUAUGACAGACAAGUCUUUUACCAUUAACCACACCAUGUAUGGAAGAGCGGAAGAAGACAAUCCUACAGGCGUGUUCGCCAAAGAAUCAAGAAAUCUAGAUACCGACUGGAACAUCAAUAAAGAAACCAGUUUGCUGUUGGACGCAGAAGGCGCUCAGAGGAACAAAACUAUGGUUUAUGUUGGUACUUCGAGUUCAGAUGACGAGGAUGUGAGUAACGGAGACAUUCGAAACACUGAUCAAAGUGGAAAUGCCAGGUUUCAGAAGGCACAAAAUGCGGGUCUUAAACCAACGCGUAAGACUGAUAAGGAGAGACAAGAAGAUGAGAAUAACGAAAACAAAAGUAAAUGGAUAAACAUACAGAAACUGUACGAAGUGUACAGCAAAAAAGAAUUUUACGUACUUUGCGUGACUUGGGGGGUUGCUGAAAUCGGGUACAUUACGCAAGCGGACAUUUAUAAACAAUUCGGCGCAGGCUUCAUCCAUGACGAUCACUUCCUGAGCUUGGUGGGGACAUCGUUUUCUGUGAUGACGUUGGUGGCGCGCCCACCCUGGGGCGUGUUGUCCGACAGAUGUACCACCAAGACACUCGUCGUGAUCCUACAGUCGGCCAUGAUUCUCCUCACUUCCAACCAGUGCUUAACACAGUUCCUUAACAAAUGGGUCUACCUCUUAUGGAAUGUCGCAAUCACCAGCACUGCCAUUGGCGCCUACGCCACUGUGCCCGUGGGAAUAUACCGGUACUUCAAUAAGGACGAUUUCAUGUUGGUCUAUGGCUUAGUGGCUGCUCCCGGCAUUUUCAUAGCGAUUCUGUACCCUGUUGUGAGCAAAAGUUUGUUAGAAGCUCUUGGCUUUUGCGGCUUCUUCAACUGUGUGUCAGUCACUUAUCUAUUUGCACUUUUGAUGGGUCUUCUCCUUCUACCAUCAAAACCUUGA